AUGACCAGUCGCUACAGCAUCCUCCGCGCCGACAACCUCGACACAAUGCUCAACGGCGGCCUCGAGCGCUUCUACAAGAAGUACAACCACCUGUCGCGCAAGAUCAACCUGCAGCUGCCCACGCCCGAGGUGCGCUUCGAGAACCUGUCCUUCUCGGUGCAGGUGCCGGCCGAGGUGGGCGCCUACGGCACGGUGGGCUCGCACUUGAGCUCCAUCUUUACGCCGUGGCAGAAGGUGCCCAUGACCACCAAGCACGCUCUACACCCGAUGAGCGGCAUCAUCAAGCCUGGCUCCAUGACGCUGAUCCUGGCCAACCCUGGCGCCGGCAAGUCGACGUUCUUGAAGGCGCUGGCCGGCAAGCUCCAGGACAACAAGCAGACGAAGCUGGGUGGCGAGAUCCUGUACUCGGGUCUGCGCGGCGACGAGAUCGACCUCAUCAAGCUCGUGGGUCUCGUGGACCAGACGGACAACCACAUCCCGACACUGACGGUGCGCGAGACGUUCAAGUUCGCCGACAUGUGCGUCAAUGGCCGGCCCGAGGACCAGCCCGAGGAGAUGCGCGACAUCGCCGCGCUGCGCACGGAGCUGUUUCUUCAGAUUCUGGGUUUGGAGAACUGCGCCGACACCGUCGUCGGUGACGCCCUGCUGCGGGGUGUCAGGGGUGGUGAGCGCAAGCGCGUGACUGUGGGUGAGGUGCUGGUGGGAGGCCAGAGCCUGUUCUUGUGUGACGAGAUCUCGACUGGUCUGGACAGUGCCGCCACAUUCGACAUCAUCAAGGCACUUCGUACGUGGUGCAAGACGCUGGGCGGAUCGGUGAUCGUCGCGCUACUGCAGCCGACACCCGAGGUGGUGGAACAGUUCGACGACAUUUUAAUGAUCAACGAGGGCCACAUGGUGUACCACGGCCCGAGAACCGAGAUCCUGGACUACUUUGAACAAUUGGGCUUCAGCUGUCCUCCGCGUGUGGACCCGGCCGAUUUCCUCAUUGAGGUGUCAUCCGGCCGAGGCCAUCGAUACGCCAAUGGCAGCGUCGAGCUCCGAAAUCUCCCGGUCACGUCCGAGGAAUUUAACGGUGCCUUCUGUCGAUCCAGCAUCUACAAGGAAACCCACGAAGCCAUCAGGAAGGGCUUCAACGAGCACCAGUUCGAGAACGUGGAGGACUUCCAGAAGGCCAAGAGUGUGGCCAACCUGGCCCGCUCCAAGCAGAAGUCGGAGUUCGGCAUCGCGUUCAUCCCGAGCACGUUACUGCUGCUGAACAGGCAGAAGUUGGUCUGGCUGCGUGACCCACCGCUGUUAUGGGGCAAGCUGAUCGAGGCGCUCGUUGUCGGUCUUGUCAUGGGCAUGAUCUACUUCAACGCGAGCUCAACGUACUACCUGCGCAUGAUCUUCUUCAGCAUCGCGCUGUUCCAGCGUCAGGCGUGGCAGCAGAUCACCAUCUCGUUCCAGCUGCGCAAAGUGUUCUACAAGCAGCGGCCGCGCAACUUCUUCCGGACGACCUCGUACGCGAUUGCCGAGAGUGUGGUGCAGAUCCCCGUGAACGUGGCGGUGUCCUUCGUACUCGGUACCUUCUUCUACUUCAUGAGCGGCUUGACGCGCUCGUUCGAGAAGUACAUCGUGUUCUACCUGGUGCUGCUGUGCUUCCAGCACGCUAUUAGCGCGUACAUGACGAUGCUGAGUGCACUGUCGCCCAGUAUCACGGUUGGCCAGGCCCUGGCUUCGAUUUCCGUGAGCUUCUUCCUGUUGUUCUCGGGUAACAUUAUCCUGUCCGACCUGAUCCCGGACUACUGGAUCUGGAUGUACUGGUUCUCUCCGAUCUCGUGGGCGCUGCGCAGCAACAUGCUGUCGGAGUUCUCGAGCGACCGCUACACGCCCGUUGAGAGCAGGACGCUGCUCGACAGCUUCUCGAUCUCACAGGGCACGGAGUACAUUUGGUUCGGUGUCAUUGUUCUGCUGGCGUACUACUUCUUCUUCACGACGCUGAACGGUCUGGCGCUGCACUUCAUCCGCUACGAGAAGUACAAGGGCGUGAGCGUGAAGACCAUGACCGACAAGGCUGACGAGGAGGACAACGUGUACGUCGAGGUGAACACCCCUGGUGCUGUGUCCGACGGUGCCAAGUCUGGCAACGGCUCGGGCCUCCCGUUCACGCCGUCGAGCCUGUGUAUCAAGGACUUGAACUACUUCGUGACACUGCCGUCGGGCGAGGAGAAGCAGCUUCUGAAUGACAUCACCGCUCACUUCGAACCGGGCCGCAUGGUGGCGCUUAUGGGUGCCACCGGUGCCGGUAAGACGACGCUGAUGGAUGUGAUUGCCGGCCGCAAGACUGGCGGUCGCAUUGUUGGUGACAUCAUCGUGAAUGGUGAGCCGAAGGACCCGUCCAACUUCAGCCGUAUCACGGCGUACUGCGAGCAGAUGGACAUCCACUCGGAGGCCGCGACGAUCUAUGAAGCGCUGGUGUUCUCGGCCAACCUUCGCCUGCCACCGACGUUCUCGGAGGAGGAGCGCAUGAAUCUGGUGAACGAGACGCUGGAGUUGCUGGAGCUGUCGCCGAUUGCUGGCGAGAUGGUCGGGCGCUUGUCGGUGGAGCAGAAGAAGCGCGUCACGAUUGGUGUCGAGGUGGUGUCAAACCCGAGCAUCUUGUUCCUUGACGAGCCCACGAGUGGCCUGGACGCGCGUUCGGCUCUAAUCGUGAUGCGCGGUGUCCAGUCGAUCGCCCGCACGGGUCGUACGGUGCUGUGCACGAUCCACCAGCCGAGUAUCUCCAUCUUUGAGCUGUUUGACGGUUUGCUUCUGCUGCAGAAGGGUGGAUACACGGCCUACUUCGGUGACCUCGGUGUGGACUCGGUCAAGAUGCUGGAGUACUUCGCAUCAAUCCCCGGCACGAUAGAGAUCCGUCCGCAGUACAACCCUGCCACGUACAUGCUGGAGGUGAUCGGUGCUGGUAUCGGCCGUGACGUGAAGGACUACUCGGUCGAGUACAAGAACAGCGAGCUGUACAGGUCGAACCGCGAGCGCACGCUGGAGUUGGCCAAGGUGUCGGACAACUUCGUGUGCCACUCGACGCUCAACUACACGCCGAUCGCGACGGGUUUCUGGAACCAGCUCGGACACUUGGCCAAGAAGCAGCAGCUCACGUACUGGCGCAACCCGCAGUACAACUUCAUGCGCAUGUUCCUGUUCCCGCUGUUCGCCAUCAUCUUCGGCACGACGUUCUACCAGUUGUCGGCGGGCAGCGUGAAGAAGAUCAACUCGCACAUCGGUCUGAUCUACAACAGCAUGGACUUCAUUGGUGUCAUUAACCUGAUGACGGUGCUGGAGGUGACGUGCGCUGAGCGUGCCGUGUUCUAUCGCGAGCGCAUGUCGAACUACUACGGCCCGCUGCCCUACAGUCUGUCGCUGUGGUUCGCCGAGGUGCCGUACCUGAUCGUGGUAAUUGUGCUGUUUGUGACCAUCGAGUACUGGCUGGUGGGCUGGAGCUCGAGUCCGGGUGACUACUUCUUCUUCAUGUUCGUGUUCUAUCUGUACACGUCGGCGUGCACGUACGUGGGCCAGUGGAUGUCUGCUUUGAUGCCGAAUGAGAAGGUGGCGAACGUGGCUGUGGGCGCGCUGUCGUGCUUGUUUAACCUGUUCUCGGGGUACCUGCUGCCGCGCACAGCGAUGAAGACGGGCUACAAGUGGUUGCAGUACCUCAUGCCGUCAAGUUAUUCACUCGCGGCUUUAGUAGGCGUGCAGUUUGGUGACAACCAGGACAUCAUCGCCGUGACGUCGGGCAACAUCACGACCAACGUGACAGUGGCGCACUACAUCGAGAAGACGUACGACUUCCGCCCGGACAGCAAGUACAACUUCAUGGUCGGUCUGAUGGUGACCUGGGUCGUGCUGCAGGUGGCCAUCUACCUCACGUUCAAGUACGUGAGCCACCUCAAGAGGUAG